AUGGCGACCACUAAUAACCCGCUGGCAGCUCGCCAUAUUCAGAAUCUCAGCGAGGCCGCCGCGUUGGAGAAGCACUGGGGUUAUGUUGAUAGAGCCGUUCCAUGUACGAAUGACCCAGGAUCUUGCGCCUACCUAGAUCAAGUAUAUGGGUCCCAUGAUUUGACCAUGGUUUAUUCCGGCAUAAUGUGGUCGAUAAUUGCUGGAAUUCUCUUGCUUUGGACUAUCGGAAAACGCAUCUUCCCAUCCCCUCGCGCCGACGAGAUACCUACCGGUGCCAUCGAUAGCGAGAGAGUAGCAAAAAUAGCCGGUCGACGCUCGCGAAUAAGGAGGACGGCCGCGGCGUUAAUCCGUCGCUACUUACUACCCGACUCACUAUUUGCUAAUAUUAGCUUCCUCGGCAUCACGUACCAGACGUGGAUCACUCCCAUAAAGAACAAGCCCGGACUUCACAACACCAGAACGAGCUUGGGCCCGUGGUCUGACCGAGUUGGCGUCUUUGCGUAUGCUCUCACGCCACUGUCGAUCUUGUUAUCUAGCAGGGAAUCUAUUCUUUCUCUUCUUACCGGCGUCCCGUACCAGAGUUUCAACUUUCUUCAUCGCUGGCUUGGAUAUAUCAUCGUUGUGCAAGGGUCUCUGCAUACUAUUGGCUGGACCAUAAUCGAAGUCCGACUAUACCAACCGCAGCCGACGACCGCGAUAGAAUGGAUCAAGCAGCUGUAUAUCAUCUGGGGAGUUGUCGCGCAAAUCCUGCUAUUAAUCAUCUUUGCGUUGAGUACUCCGUGGGGUAUUCGCCUCACCGGCUACGAAUUCUUCCGCAAGGCGCACUAUGUCCUGGCAAUGGUAUAUAUCGGGGCUUGCUGGGGUCAUUGGGCAAAUUUGCAAUGCUUUCUGAUCCCAGGGUUGGCUCUCUGGUUCUUGGACCGUGGGGUUAGACUCUUGCGAUCGGCCCUCAUUCAUUACCAAUAUUUACCUGGCGGAUCUAUGGGAUUUCGGGCGGCACACGCAUCUUUGACACACUUUCCCGACGCAGAGCACGGAGAUGUCGUGCGUAUGGAUUUUACCCAUCCUCAGGAUGCCUGGAAAGUUGGACAACACUUCUACCUUUGCUUUACGGAGUGCAGCUUAUGGCAGUCUCACCCAUUUACGCCGCUCAAUUUGCCAAAGGUAAAGGAUGGGCUUGUUUCGCACUCGUACAUUCUCAGAGCAAAGAAAGGAGAGACGAAGAAGGUCGCAGAACUGGCCGCGAGGAAAUUAGCCGCAUCGCCUAGCGCAACGACUCCUUUAAUCCUGUCGGGAACAUAUGGAGAGUCGAUAGUCGAUGAAUUGACACCGGAUGUCAAUGUGCUCUGCGUGGCUGGCGGUACGGGAAUUACAUACAUCUUACCGGUCUUGCUUGGAAUAAUAGAGCAACCAGAAAUGAAGGACCGGAAAGUCCAGCUGGUCUGGGCAGUAAGGAAGAAGGAUGAUACCCGUUGGGUCGAGAAGGAACUCGAUACCAUUCGCAAAGCCGCCAAGGCGCAUAAGAUUGAAGUUCACAUAUAUGUAACGAGGGAAGCAAGUAGCAGGAGCCCGUCGAUAAACGACGAUAUAUUAGAGAAGGACGACAUAGCCGUGAAGGAGUCCGGUUUGGCUUCUUCCGUUGCUUCUUCCGUCAAGGGUGUUCAGUCUGCCUCGUCUCUCAAUGUCGAGAGAAUCGGAGGGGAAGGAUUUGACAGGCACCCCGACCUAAACAAGUUAGUUAGGGGAUUCGUAGACAACACCAUCAGAGGUUCCACGGCCGUAUAUGCAAGCGGACCAGGAAGCAUGAUCAGCGACUUAAGGAGUAUUGUAGCGGCAUGCAACUCGGGCGGGAAGGUCUGGAAAGGAAAUGGUCGAUAUGAUGUCAGCUUAAUAUGCGACGACCGGCUCGAGUGGUAA